AUGGCAACAGUCGCAGGGAGCUCAUUCGUUGACAUCCUCAUCCAGAGUCUCAUGCUGGACACCGGUAAUCAACUAUUCAGUAUCAAUCUUCGACUUCUCCUCGCUAUUCUCCCGUAUGCACCUCUCGUGCUUACCCCAAAGGUCCCCUUGCUGGCGAUCGUCCUGGGUCGAGCAAUAUCUUGGCGUGACCGACCAUUUAUCGAUCACACCUCGCCACCACGUGAUGGAUUCACUCGGACCGAACUACCAGAACCUUCUCUUGACUGGCAGGUCGCCCAAUCGGCGGUUGAGAUGGACCUCGAGCUUCCAGAGCACAUGAAACCCCGUCGUAUCGCUCAAUUGUUCAUCAUCGCCAUGUAUGGUGCUUGGCCUUCAAACGUCAUUGCAUUUGUCCGAGAUCCGGUAUCGUACAUACGAGGGAAGAGCGUUACUCCCAUCUAUGCCGUGGACUGGGAGAAGGUCUGGACACCUGGGGUCUUAGCUACGAGAUUGGAGCCUUUGAUUCGAGAUUUCCGACUCCAUCCAUCGUUGGUCGUCUUCACAUCAACCGCCGAGCUUGCUGACGAGAAGCGCUGGGAGAGAAUCGAUGCCGCCGAGUUCAUAGCCCGUUCGCAAGCUUUAUCCAAUUCCGAUCAGCAAGGUUUCACGGGUGCCGGACUCUUCGAACAGGAUGAACAGUCUGCGCCUCCACAGGUGGAUUCGGCUUCGGCGAAUCUGGGUAACAGGUUAGCGAAGGAGAAUGAGCUGUUGAGAUUGGAAGCCAAGUUCACAAGUAGAGUGAGAAGGCAGUAUUUGUAUCACAUCGGCCGGCUACACAAAACGUCUUUACGACUGAAUAACGAUGAAGCUGAAAUACAUAGUUUUGCUGGACAGAUCGCUGAACUUACCGCUCAGCUCUCUCAAACGAGGACUGAAGCAUCUCAAGCUCAGCAGAAGCAUGUCAAAUGGCAAGGGCAACUGCGAGAGAAGGUUGCUUCGUUUCGAGAGGAGAAAGCGACUUGGCAAAAGGAGGCGGCCCAUAUACGUGCGGAGCUGAGUGAGGCACGAGCAAUGUUGCAGAACCGACUUACCGAAGCCGAACCCAAGAUUAGACAUAUAUCUGACUACGAGACAAGGAUGAAGCAGCUCACAGAAUCGCAGCGGUUAUGGGAUGAGGACGUACAGCGGUGUAAGAACGCUCUGCAAGAGGCUGAAGCUGCCAAAGCUCGGGUUUAUGAGCUGGAACAGAUGCUACGAGCGAGCCGACAAGAAACGAUUGAACAGUCCCAAGCCAUAGGUGUGUUGGAACGAAAGAUACCAACCAUGCAUCAGGUUAAAGCGGAAGAGCUCGAUAAAAGUUCAGCACCGACUCCAAUAGCAGCUCCGAAAGACUUGGAUGUAUAUAUCGCUUUGCUAGAGCAAGCUAAGAAGCGCACGGAUGAGCUGGAAAGGGAGAAUUUACAAUUGCGCGAUAAUUUGUCAGUCGCUAAGCAGGAGACUAGGGUCGUGGAUGGUGAAAUGGAUAAAUCGUUCAUGUUUGGUCAAUGA